AUGGACCGCCUGGCCCCCGAGAUCAUAUCCAACAUCAUCUCUCACUUCUACACUGAAGGGUGCCGAGAUGCAGACCAUCGCAUCGCCCCUCUAGCACCUCUGGCAGUCUUGUGUCGACAUUGGCAACCUCUCAUUGAAGCAGAAACGUUCCGGCACCUUCGACUUGAUGAAGAUGCUUUCCGCUCUACCGGCAUACCCCACGAGGUCCUGACACCGAAAAGACUCUCCUACGUCCGCAAGCUAGUGCAUGUAUUUCCAAGAGCAAUGCGGUUCCCAACUCAUUUCGACCAAUGGUACGCAAACCCGAGCUUCGACUUGGCUCUCACGAUUCUGUUUUACACGCUUAGAGUAACACCACUUUACCAGGAACCACUGAUUGAUCUUGAACUGGUCAUCCCUUCAGUUUAUACUUAUCGUAUUACUGAUCACGGUGACGAACCUGAGUAUGUUGAGCCUAUUCGUAAAUUGCCAGAUCUUCCCGACCUGCCUAUGGUUAGGUCUCUCAAGUUUACCAACAACUCUUUCGACCUCGAACCUUCUCCGUGCGCCUUCAUGUAUAUAGCCAGCAAAAUGACGCGGCUAAGAGAUUUCAAUGUUACCUUGUCUUGCUCACAAAGCAGAAAGUCCCUGAUACAUCAGAGAGUCGAACUUGCUAAAUCACUCUUCAUGUUACCCAUGUCUAUACAGAUCUUCAACUUGACUUACCACCAGCACGAUGAUCUUCCAGAUGGUCUUCUGGUCGUACGCGGUGGAGAAGAUAUCCUCACGCGCGAGCUGCGUCGAUUUACUCAACGAAAAGGUCUACAGCACUUUUUCUUUAAUGGUUGCGUAGAACCCUCUAUAUUCUGGCCACCAGACUCGGAUACAUCUGACCCUCGGCACUGGCCAACCCUCAAGUCUUUGAUUAUAGACAUGCGCCGUGUACAAGAGCUUGCCUGCCUCCGCACCGGAGAACCUUUCAAGAAGGCAAAACGUAAAAAGAAUUGGGAUCGGGUCUACGCUAAAGGGGGGUUGAUGAAUGAGUUUUACCGAGCAAUUGCGAAAUGCACAGCUUGCAUGCCUAGCGCGGAAAUCAACGACAUCGAUUUUAACGACCAGUGGGGUAGAUCUCUUAAGUUUUACACGGUCCUUCCUGAGCGGUAUCCAUGCCUCUUUAUUAAUGGGAAACCGGGCUUUGAGAUUGAGAAAGAAACUGUGAUCGAAUGGCGCAAGGCAGUUGAGGUUCAUAAUUUGGUGUUUAAGGUUCAUCUUGACGAUGUAAAUGACCAAGACCAUGCGCGUAACGCAUUUGAACCUGAAGAAAUUGAUGAAUGA